CAUUCCAUUUCAAUAAAGAGAGAGAGAGAGAGAGCGCAUUUCCAUCCCUCUCCCAAAACCUUCUUCCCCCACCGGCCACCGCAUCAACAGCUCCGAAAAGGCAAAGGACGAGAAGGGAGCGGGGAUGGUCGUGCGGAUCCGGCUGGCCCGGUUCGGAUGCCGGAACAGGCCCUUCUACCGGCUGAUGGCCGCCGACAGCCGCUCCCGGCGCGACGGCAAGCACCUCGAGGUGCUCGGAUACUACGACCCGCUCCCCGGGAAGGAUGGUGGCAAGAGGAUGGGGUUAAAAUUUGACCGAGUCAAGUAUUGGUUGUCGGUUGGGGCACAGCCAUCAGAUCCUGUCGAGCGCAUACUCUUUCGUGCAGGAAUUCUACCUCCACCUCCAAUGUUAGCUAUGGCACACAAGGGCGGGCCUCGGGACAGACAGCUUAUCGAUCCGAUGACUGGACACCCUUUGGACAUUGAAGGUCUCUCAAUUGUUGAUGAUCCUAAUGCUCCGGAUGGUGAAAAUGGAGCAUCUAUUGAGAAGACGGCUUGAAUGGGCAUGAUAAUAUUCUGCUUUAGUAUAACUAUGCUAGAUAUGAGUUGUUUUAGCAUUUAUGCCCUGUAGAUUGGUUUGGUAGCUUGUUACUGUUGCACAAUGUGAGAACUUUUUGCCAAGUGACUUCUGAACAAUAAUUACUUUAUGCAUCUGAAGUUUAGUUCUGAAAAAGCUUCUAUUUUGCUUUUUCUUGAAUAUUCUUCACCAUACCUCUGUGGAAUGUGGACCUGAUACUGCAGACUUA